GUGUUGGAAGGGGCGGCGAGGUCGGAGCGGGAGCGAGUGGCGGCCGGUGGGGCCUUUUGCCGGCUUCCCUUCCGCGGAUCCCGCCCGGGGUCCGUCCGCGCGGCGCUUCUGCCCGGAGAGGCGGCGAGGGGAGGGGGGGAGGCAUGGCCGAGCAGGACCUGCUGGACUUCCUGCUGCGGGAAGAGCUUUUCCUGGGGAACGGGCCGGAGCCGGAGCCGGAGCCGUGGGGCUUCCCGCAGGUCCCGAGCGGGCAGGAGGAGGAGCUGGAGGAGCUGCUGCGGUGCCUCUGGAGCCCCUUCGGGGAGGAAUCGGACAGCUCCGCCGAGCCCUCCGGCCAGAGCAGCCUCGCCGAGGACCGGAGCCCGUCUCCCGCCAGCCGCCUCCCUGCCUCGGGCCGCGUGGAGCGGGAGCACAACUACUCCCUGCACCUGACUUCCCCCGACGCCACGCGCACGGAGCCCUCCCGGGAGGCGUCCGAGGGCGACGUGGCCAUCGAUUUGGAAAUGUGGGCAGAUGUGGAGACCACCGAGGGCUUCGGCCUUCCCAUUGCAGCACCAACAGCAGAGCCCUUGGUAGGAGAAAGCAUGCAGUUGGACUUCCCCCCGCUGGUCCUGACAGAUGAGGAGAAGCAGCUCCUGGAGAAGGAGGGCAUCGCAAUUCCCUCCCACUUGCCCCUGACCAAGACAGAGGAGCGGGUCCUGAAGCGAGUCCGGAGGAAGAUCCGCAACAAGCAGUCUGCCCAGGACAGCCGGCGGCGGAAGAAGGUCUACAUGGACAACCUGGAGAGCAGGGUGCUGGCCUGCACAGCCCAGAACAGCGAGCUUCAGAAGAAGGUGCAGCUGCUGCAGAAGCAGAACAUGUCCCUGCUUGAGCAGUUGAGGAAGCUGCAAGCGCUCAUCCAGCACUCCUCCACCAAGACGGCUGCAGCCAGUACCUGUGUCCUGGUGCUGCUCUUCUCCUUCUGCCUGGUCCUCCUGCCCAGCCUCUAUCCUCUCGGCGGCCAGAAGCAACCUCUGGGGCAGCAUGGAGUGUUGUCCCGAAAGCUGCGCGAGUUGUCAAGCGGAGCUUCCCGGACGUUGGCUGGUGCCUCCCAGCCAGCAGAAGUGACGAUGUCCCUCUCCCAUCCUGGGUCCCCCAGGUUGCUUUCAUCAGAGAAAGCUGUGUCCCCCAAAGCCUUUGGGGCUGCAGGAAGCCUCAACGGGUCUCUGGAAGGCCCACGGAGCGCCCUGGGGACUAGGCGGGGGGCCUCUGCCAGCAACGACAGCUCCUCCUCAGACUCACCUUCUCCUGCCUUGGAGGGGCUCCUCCUGGCCCCCAAGGACCCUCCUCUGGGGAAGGAGAGGGCACUCCUGCCUGCCUCUGUCAACCAGCAACCUGGCUGGGCAGAUGGUGCUGCCAGCGUCAUCCUGCAGCCCCAUCACUCUGAUGAGAUGUGAGGACUGAGGCUUGGGGCUGCUUUGCCAGCAAUGUGUAAAUGCUGAGAUCUGGAAGGGGAGACUCUGGACGGAGGAGUGGGGGGCAGCAGGAAAGCCGGGUCUGCUCACCAAGAGAGGCUCAUCCGACUGGGGCCUCACUUCACCGGCCAUCCCUGGGCUCAGAAGAACGGCCAUUGCGAGCCCCAGCAGGAGCUGCUGCCCAGACUCUUUGCCCUCAUCCUAGGCAUCUGCCCUGCCCCUCUGGAGGUUCCCCACCCCAGCUAGCAUGAGGCAAGGGUGGGGGUUGGCCCACCCCAGAGCGGGACGCUGGGCUGAAGAGGAAGGACACUGCAAGGUUUGCUCUGGCCCUGCUUUGUGUGAUGCUCUUGUACUGGGCAACCAAUAAAUGGCUUGGGAGGGGAGCCCCUCCCUCCAGAGUGGCCUGUGUCCUUCCCAGCGGCCUCUUGGAGGGGAAGGCCAGCCCCUCCUUUCCCACUGGUGGAUUAUGCGCCACCUGUGUGGCCACCUUGCUGAGCCUCCUACAGGAUCGUCCAUCCCCAGCUGCCUCCCUAGAGUGUCCCCAUUGCCAUUGGGACUGUCCCCAGACUUGUGGGUGAUCAUCCCUCUCCCAGCAUCGGGCCUUCCGGGCCACGUGGAGAGCACCUGGCCAUGCUCCCUUGCAGUCCUGGGCCGUGUUUUCCUCUGAGUUUAGGAGUGGCUGUGUUUGGCGAGACUUCAGAACAAGGGGGAAAUGCUACUUUGGCAAGCCAGAGGCCCUUUGCCCCCCUCAGAAUCACCUGAAUCCAUGGGAUGGGUGGCAAAUAAAUUGGGUAAAUAAAUAAAAAUUGCCCCCAACCAUGGCACAAACAGGACUUCUCCCUUCUCUGUUCUGCUCCCCCCCCCCGAAGUCCUUCACUAUCCAGCCCCACACCAGGGCAGCCCCCCCACCCCAUGAAGUCUCUUCAUGACAGCCGGAACCCUCCUGGCUUGUGGGGGCUAGGUAACAGUAAUAGAGUUGGAAGGGACCUUGGAGACCAUCUAGUCCAACCCCCUGCUCACACGGGAGACCUAUAGUAGGGAUUCGAACCGCCGAACUGCCAACCUUUCUGAUCAACAAACUCAGUGUCUUAACCACUGAGCCACCUAGUCAGUCUUGGCAGGCAGCCUGUGGUUGGGCCCUGGAAGGAGCAUCGGUCUCCCUGAGGAGGAGGGGGGGUGUCCCAUGACCUUGAAGGAGAUUAUCACGUGUGCCCCUUUAUCAUUGUUUUAUUGAAGUUUCUUAUAGUAUAAAAUAGGGAAAGGGGGUGCAGGAUAAAAGAAGCACCAAAUAAAAAAAGCAUUGACUUCUAACUCCA